CAUACUUAGAUAUCAACACAAACUUUGUGUUGACGGCGUACUACACGGACGAUAUCUUAUGCCUGGGUGACAGGAUAUGGCAUAUUUCAGACGUCGUUCGAGAGGCACAUUUUCUGGUAGAAGUAAGUGGUUAAGGUCAAACACGUUGAAGCCUUCCUUUACCUGGACCAAAGCGAACAGCGUUUUCGUCAACGACUCAAGGUCGAAGCUGGGUAACACAAGGGUUCUUUCCAACUCCCAUCUUUCUCUACGACGUGUUGCCAACUCUAGUCACCUUGUUUGGAGCGCCAGUGAGUCACAGUCCAGCCACACAGCUCCAUCAUCACAUGUACAGGAAGAUAAAGUCGAGAACUCACAUGUACAGACAGAGAAGGCGGGCAUGCACACCUUAGAAGUUAAGAAGAAACAAAAACCAGCAAUUUGUAAUACAAGAAGAUGUUCUGUAGAGUUCAUGAGCAAGUAUGCUUUGAAACGGACAUCAGGAACAGUCAAUAGGACAAUGUCAGUACCAGGGAAGAAACCUGUUGCGCAAAUUGACAAGAAGAGGUCAGAGAUUAGCCUAACUUCACCCUUUAAGCUGGUGAAAAAUCCUGUCGAGUCGGACCUCGGUGAGAAAACUCAAAGUAGUAGUAAGGUUGUGACAACGGCCAGGUUUAAAGAAACAACCAAGCCACCAAAUUUAUUCAAGAAAGUAGGAUCCUAUCAACUUGUUCGAGUCACGACAUCUGUGUCUCCUGAACAGCGUUCUGGAUCUCAGUCAGUCAGUAAGAAAUGUUUGUUCAAUGCCCAAUCAUCGGCUCUUCACAACAGCAAGCUAUCACUAAAAGUGGAGCACAAGAGUCAAUUCAAGCUAGUUAGAUUGAGAAAAAGGUCUCUUUCUAAAACUGUACCUGUGAGUACCAAUGAAAAUAAAUUGGGAUCUACUAGUUCAACUACUAGUCAGUACACACAGAGACGAAGCUCGUGUCGAAAACGAGUGACCAGAUACAAGGUAGUUCGUGGCAGGAGAGAGAGUUUAACUAAGAAACCAUGCAGACCGGAGAAAUUUAAAAGCCAUAGUAUGUUGUUGAGAACAGAGCAGCCAUUGAGCAAAGAAAGAAGAGUUUCAGCCAACUGGUUACAGACGAAAACAGGAAAGUUGGGAAGUCGAAGCAUUUCAAGGCAAUUGAUUAGGAGAGCUGAUGGAACAUUUAUGUUAAGGAGCCGAUAUUGUCUUGUCAAGAAUGGCAACAGUGUAGGACGAAGAGCUUAUCGCAGUGUUUAUAAGACAAUACAACAACUAAGUCAUGAAGAAAAAUUAGCUCAACGAAGAGUGACCAUCCAAGCUACUGCACACAAAUUAGUGCGACGUAGUUUGUCUUUGGUGAGAGCAAGAACAGCCCAAAUGAUGUCCAAGUCAAACUCCAAGAAGUUCUGCAUGUUUUUUAACAGAUUUGGACGAUGUAAAAGGGGCAACUCUUGUCCAUGUAUUCAUGACCCUGACAAGGUUGCUGUUUGUACAAAGUUUGUGAGAGGAAUGUGUGAUAAAAUGGAUGGCUCUUGUCGCUUUUCACAUACCAUCAUCAAGGACAAAAUGCCCACAUGCUCUUUCUUUCUCAGAGGAGUUUGCCAUAAUGACAACUGCCCUUAUUCUCAUGUGCGGGUUGCUCAGUCAGCUUCUAUUUGUGAAGAUUUCUGUAGAGGCUAUUGUCCUCGAGGACAGAAGUGCAAGAACAAGCAUAUUCUGGUUUGCCCCAGGUCUGCUUAUACUGGAAGAAAGAGAAUUCGCUCCACUGAUUCACUGUCUCGUACUGUAAACCACAGUCCUGCAAAACGUCAGUUAGUAGGUGUAAGAACGCCAACGGCUUUCAAACAGAGAGGGAGAAAAGGCAGAACAGAGACAAGACAGCGCCAAGCCUCACCUCUCUCAAACGAAACUGCUUGUGUGUCCGUCUCGGAGGAAGAUGUUGUGCAUGUAGAUACCGGUUGGUCUACCUGCUAUGUUUUCUCUGUUUAUUCAUUGCUUCUUGUUUGUACCCUUGUAGCUUCCUCAUCACUUCCAAUUGAGCCCGACUUCUUGGAAGACUAACGAAGAUGCAGAGCAAGCAAGCAAGCAGUCUAGAACAGAAUGCAAAAGGUGUAUGCAAGAUAGACAGCACGUAGUAGACAACGCUACUAUUCUAUCUAGCUAGUUGUGAUUUUAGCUAUUGCUUACUGUAUAUGUUUGGAGACAAGAAUACUGUAAUUUCGUUAAGUUAAAUUGGGAAACAACGUUGAGGCGAUAGAUGUAGAGUACUAAUAUAAUAUUUGGUGCAAAGCG